UUCAGAUUUUGGUCUACUUUAGUGCACAAUCAAGGAGCAAUCGAGGCCAUCAUCUCGUUCACCCAAAAUGCCGUUCCGUACUACCUGAUUGGAGUGGUCCGCUCGUCGGCUAAGGUGUUCCCUUUGUAUUCGGCCGCACAUCGGAGCACCCUACAGGUCAUCUGCCGGAUGAUAACACAAAAGGAAUCGGACCGCUGCUGGAUCGGGCGGGAGUUCCUUGGAGAGCUGCUCUACAAGCACUUCCUGGUAUCGAUUCCGUUGAUUUUCGACCUGCUGCCGGUCUACGGUCGGGACAAUAAGGCCGUUCUAGGGUUGAUGCUUCAGACGAUCUUCAAACUACAGCCAAAGUACCACCAGGACUUGCGCGUCGGAUUGCAGUACCUGCAGAGUACGUUCAAAACCAUCCAGCAACGCAUCGAAACGGAUCGGAUCGAUGGCAACGCCGCCACUUCCAGCGCCCUCAACGACCUGGCCAUCUACGCCCUGGACUGCUGCAGUUGCCUCUCCCUCCUAGUCGAGCUCUACCCCGAAGUCCGCCCAAUCUGCGUCGAUUUGGCCCUGGAGCAAUCCAUCUCCAACUUCUACGACAACACCAUCGUCCUGCUGUACAAAAACAUCUUCACGAUGGACAACGAGUCGCCCUACCUGGUCCACCUGAAUGCGGCCCGCAUGGAACUGCUAGCUGCGUUCCGCGGCAUCCUCAACCUUCAGCUCGAAACCAUCCUCGAAAAGCCGGAAGCAAGUCUUCUACCCGCGGACAAGUUCCUCUGCAUACUGACCGAGUGCUUGUCGGAUCCGAUUUUCGUUCGCGACUACCAACGCCACUAUCCUGUAGAACGGGACCUGGACAUCCUUAAACAGGCGUGCCAAGGCGUGGACAGUUUCAAACUGGACUUUGUCCAGAAUGCCUACUGCAGCGGGGAAAACGGAUUGACCAACGGCCAUGACGAUGCGGAGUUCCCUGAAGAUGACGAAAGCUUUGGAGAAGCAGCCGGAGGAAUUGCGGAAGAGGUGGAGCCUGGUCCUAGCGCAGCACCUACUCAACAGGAACUAACCCCAGAGCAACAGAUCGAAGCUAACGUCCGGAAGGUUCUGGACAUACUCCCAGAUCUGGGCGAUGGUUACGUGCGGAAGAUCUUGGCUCGGUACGAAGAUGUCGAACAGGCGAUUGCCGCCGUAUUGGAAGGAAAUCUUCCACCCGAUUUGGCCGAAGCAGAUCCCAGCGAGCCGUACAUUCCACCGGACAAGCUGGACAACUUCUACAUGGAGACGGGUAUCGAGCGAUUGAACAUCUACGAUGGAGACGAGUUCGACGUGCUGGUUCACGACAAGAUCAAGGGAGUGAUGAAGAAGGGUAAGGGAAUGCCCGGGCAGCCGAAGAAUCUGAAGGAGCUGCUAGACGACAAGAGCCACGUGCAGGAGAUGAAGGAUCGAUAUCAGGAGUACUCGAACGUGUGCGAUGAGUACGAUGACGAGUACGACGAUAGCUAUGAUGCGAUGGCCGAGAGUGAAUCAAAAACUAUUCGGCUUUCGAAGCAGAUGAGGAACGCACUGGUGGACGAGUUGGACGAUGAGGAAGACGAGGAGGAUGAUGAAGCGGAGGAACAGAGUGGAUCGGCGGCAAAUGGAGGAAAGAAGCCGCUCGAUUUUUGUGAAAAUCCGGAGGUGCUCCGGCAGCGCGCCGAGGAACGGAGGCGAAGUAAGUAUCAGGCUAGGGGAGGCGGAGGGCCACCUGCUGCUGGUGGCGGACAGAACAGGGAUGUUGUGGGUAAAGCUAAAGGGCAGGGUCAGGAUAAGGAUGUGCUGGCCAAUCGCAAACAUAAGAACGAGAACAAGUCCAGUCGGGCGAAUCACAACAGGAAACAGGGCGCGACGUUCAAGAGGAACAAGGGAAUGAUUCCACGCUAAGGUGGUAUGAGCAGUUGUCUUUUGAGAAAAUCGAUGAAUAGAUGAUUGAGUAAUGUUAUA